GUUUAGGAUCUGAAUUUAAAAGUAAAUUCGAACAAAGUAAAAAAAUUCUAAAUUCAAAAAUGGCAACCCUAUAUCCAGUACCAAUUAAGGAUAUUGACUACAAAACUGAAGUGAAUUCCCUUGGAUUUACACUUUAUGAGGAAGCAGCUUUGCUGAACGCUUGGCGCUAUGUGAAACAAAACAUUCAAUAUCAUUCUCAUGAAAUUUUUUUGAAUUUCUUUACAAAAAAUGAACAUUUUAUUGGCCAAUUUCGAGAUCAAAAUGGAAAACUUAAUCUUGUAGUCUUAUACAAGCACUCCAAGUCUGUAUUAUUUACCUUUACGUAUUUAAUAGAAAAUGGGAUACACGAUGUAAGAAGAAUGAAUUUAAUGCUCUCAUACUGGUCUCGUGCACAUUAUGAAAAUGGAGUACGUAGAAACGAUAUCAUUCUACUCUGUGAUGCAGUUUUAUCGCAUAUAGUAGAAGCGCUUGGCUGUAAGUGCACCACAACAAUUAAGGGAGCACUGGAUAAAAUAAUUCUUAUACUUCUCGACGCAUAUCCUGAGAUCUAAAAUUAAUUCAGACAACAUCGCAAAUAGUGGUUCAAAAUUUAUAUUUCAUUAUAUUUUCUUCACAUUUCUAAAUUAUUGAAAGUAGUAGAUAAUAGACUGUUGUAUAUUUUUUUAUAUUUAUAUCAUCAUUAUUAUUGGGGCAACGAUCCUAGUUGAAUCAUGGCCUCCCGUUUUUA